UAUAUGAGCUAAUGGCACUAUUUGAUGUAAUGUGUGCUAUAUUUUUACUCUUGGUAGAGGCGUCUUCCCAACACUGUAAAAUAACUGAGGUGAAGGGAUAUAAAACGGCCGAUUGUCGAAAAUUACAAUUGAAGACAAUACCGUCAGAUAUAUCUGAAGAUAUAGACGUGCUAGAUUUGCGCUAUAAUGAUCUUUGCGAAUUGAAAAACGAUUCAUUUGAAAAAUUUAAAAAUCUGAAAGAAUUACUUUUAAGCAAGAACAACAUAAGUCGUAUAGAAAAGAAAGUAUUUCAUCCACUCAAACAGCUGGAAGUUUUAGAUUUGUCGAGUAAUGACAUUGAGAGUAUUUCAGAUCAACUCGAUCCAAACAUGUUUCAGUGUUUAACAACACUCUACAAGCUCGAUAUACGUAGGAAUAUGAAAGACGCAAAAAGGAAUCAGAGUGCUUAUAUUUACCCAGGAGAUGGUUUAUCAUUGCUUGUUAAUUUAACAUACUUAUAUUUAGACCUCGUUCCACAACCAGUUUUUGGACCAGAAUUCAAAAGCCUAGCAAAAUUGGAAGUGUUGGGAUUUGAUUAUUGUUUCCUAGCAGCAAUGACAAACGACACGUUCAGAUAUUUCACUAUGAAUAUUCGAGAAUUACAUCUAAUGCGAUGCCAUGAUGUUCUAGGUGCUAAGGUACAAUAUGGUUUUCUUCAAUAUUUUAAACAUCUAAAGGUGUUAAAUCUAGCGGAUACUCAUAUUCAUUUAUCACGAGCACUUACUUUAUUGCAUUCUUUAAAUAAUUCAACCAUGGAUGUGAUCAAUUUACAACGUGUAAGUGAUGAGCCUUUAGAAUCUAGCACGCUUCCCUACGCACUCGUUCUUACAAGUGAGAUGAUGAAAAAUCUAAAGACAAUUUGUGUCAAAACAUUAAAUCUUGCAGAUAAUGGCAUUGUAGAUUUUCGCGAAAAUUCGUUAUUUUCGUAUGACCACCCAGAAUGUUUUAAAAAUAUGGUACUUUCUGGAAACCGGUUUACUUUUCAUACUGCACGAAAAAGUCAUGAGCUCCUGGUACUGGUUUUUAAAUUGCGAAAUAUUGUUCUGUUUGAUUUGUCCUACAACCCGAUACAUUAUAUCAAUGAAAAAUACUUGCCCAUUCCGAAUGGCAACAAAACCUUUAAUUACAAGGCCAAAGAGUGUUUAAGUCAAGAUAAAGUGAAACUAAAUAGUACUGUAUAUAUUUACCUUCCUCCAAAAUUGAAAGUAUUGAGAUUUUCACAUUUCGUAAGAGAAAGCUGUGGCAGGGGAAUUACGGUUAGAAACGCGUCGUCUUUAGAGAAACUGGAUAUGUCAUAUUUUCAGUUUCAGAGAUUCCCAGAUCUAAACAUAGAAGGAGAGAAUAAUUUGAAAUGGCUUAAUAUGUCCGGGAUAGAUUCGUCUUUGUAUUUACAUAAGAAUAGUGUACCAUUAUUUUCAAAUGUUGAAGAGGCAUUUUUUCGAUAUGCGGACCUCGGAAAAAAUGAGACAAUUGCUAAGCAUCUAUUUACACUAAUACCUUCAGUACAUGUUCUAGAUAUAUCAUAUAACAGUUUGUUCAAGCUACCAAAUGAUUCCUUUGUUCAAAAUAUGAAAUUAAGCGAACUUGACUUAUCGCAUAACGUUUUGCACAAAGUUCCUACCGCAAUUCUGGAAAUAAAACAAUUGCGAAAAAUAAAUUUGCAGAACAAUAAUCUAGUGACAAUCAGUAAUUCAAUCACAAAUUGGCUAGAUUCUUUAUCUCGAAAACACGAAAUCAUUGUGUUGUUGGCUGGAAACGUCUUAUCCUGUUCAUGUGAAAAUAAACAGUUUAUCAGUUGGUUGUUCACCACUAAAGUUAAAUUAGACCCUGACGAUCAAAACAUUUCGAACAAAAACUAUUUGUGUAGAUUAUCAAAUGGGGACAUAAAAGACACUUCUGAAAUAUACGAUCACUACCAUGAAUUAUAUUCUGACUGUAAUGCUGGAAUAUGGUUACGUUUUGGUAUAUCUUUACUUGUUACAUUUACUGUAAUUGCAUUUGCAUUCGCGGUAAUCUUCAACUUCCGGUGGCGCAUAGCAUACUACGUCUAUCGAACAUUCCAAACUGUAAUCGAAUCAGAAAUGAAUUUGAAUUUUACCUAUGAUGCAUACGUUUCUUACUCUGAUGACGCCAGAGACUGGGUUCACCAGGACUUAGCACAUAAGAUAGAAAGAAAGUGGGGACUUAAGUUGUUCAUCGAAGACCGUGAUCUCCUUGGUGGACAGUCGUAUGCAGAUUCCAUUGCUAAAUCAAUCGGAUCUUGUCGACAAGUUAUAUUUGUGUUAACACCAGGCUUAUUCGAGCGACAGUGGAUCAUGUACGAAAUAGAAAGAGCAAAGUAUGAAAAAGUGUGUAACCAUGUUCAAAUAACUGUUUUAAACCUGGGUGUUGCUGUAAACGAGGUGCCUGUGCAGUUUUCAUCUAUUUGGCAUAGCGUUUGUUUGAUUGACUGGUCGGGAGACCAACAAUCUGCUGAUAACCCGUGGCACAAAUUAAAACUGCGUUUGGUUUUAAAUAGAUAA